AUGGAGCAGCCUUUGCUCUCAGGAAAACCUAGUGAAAUUGGGGACAAGGAAAGCGGUGGAUGGAGCUCGUAUCAGUAUCUGGGCAGAACUGGGGCGGUAAUUCCCACCGGUUCAUUGGUGGGUUCCGAAGUCAGCGUUGCAGAAAUUCGAUCGGCUGCGGCUUCUUCUAAUAUCUACCCGCCGUCGAUUCAUGCUCCGCUGAUCAGUCCACCCGAACCUGAUCCCAACGCUGCGCAAGCCGUUAUUUAUCAAGGAGGGUACAGCCAGCAGUACGGUGGAAAUGCCAAUGAACAUCAGAGGCAAAUAUUGGAUGAAAUCGAGAUAAGAGAGUUGCUGAUUGACCAUGUUGGUCAUCGAUGUUGCUGGGGAAGUCGUCCGGCAAGAAGCUGGAAAAUUCAUGCAGUGGAAGACUGCAAUGUGCAUGUGGGAACUCUGGAGACAUUCAUAGAAGAGAGGGAAAUUAUAAGUGAAACAGAACCAUAUCCUGGUGGUAAUACUGAUGGGAAAGGCCGUGGCCCCCAACUUGGGGUUUGGGAACUGGAUUUGAGGUCUCAAUUUCCUACUCUUUUUGUGCCUUACAAAGAAACUCAAGUCCAAAUUCCGGGUUCUGAGAUAAUUGACAAGUGCGGGGAUUGUGGUGGUAGGGGAGAUACUGUUUGUCCCACAUGCAAUCCAAGUCAAGAACACGGAUCUCAUAAGGAGAAUCAGAUGUUUGAUUGCCCUGUGUGCUAUGGAAGGGGUUUGAUUGCUCAUCGAGAUGGAUCUGACACAAUAUGCCAAAACUGUAAGGGAAAGGGGAAGCUUCCUUGUGCAACUUGUGCAUCUCGUGGACUAAUAAAAUGCAAGAAAUGUAGUGGAAGUGGAUACCUCUUGACGCGCAAUGUGGCAAUUGUACGAUGGAAGACACUUUCGACACGCAAAGUAGGUGCAACUAGCGGUGCAGCAUCAGUACCGGAGGAGGUAUUCCACCAAGCCAAAGGCGUUCAGUUGUGCAACACCCAAGCACAUCAGUGCACACCUGCAUAUUUCGCAGACUCGUUCUUCCUCAACAAGUUCUCAUCGGAAGUCAUCGCGGAGAGGGCUGCAGUGCCUCCCUCAGCAAGGGUCAUCUGUGAGAGGCAUACCAUAUCGGUGGUGCCAGUGACCAGGGUCACCAUGGCUCAUCAUCGUGGUGGCGGGGGUUCUUUCAGCUUCUACAUAAUCGGGUUUAGCAAGGAUGUUUACCUGAAGGACUACUAUCCGUCUAGGUUCUGCUGGGGACUGUGCCCUUGCUUCGAGUGGCUAAGGUUGUGA